GCCGCCGCCGCCUCCUCCCGCCCCGGGGUGAGCGCGAGCCACCUCCCUCCUCCCUCCGCCAUGGAUCCCAGCAACUGGAGCAGCUUCAUCUUCCAGGGUCACGCCCAGAACCCCCUGCAGGUCGGGGCUGAGCUCCAGUCCCGCUUCUUUGCCUCCCAGGGCUGCGCCCAGAGUCCAUUCCAGGCCGCGCCGGCGCCCCCGCCCACGCCGCAGGCCCCGGCGGCCGAGUCUCUCCAGGUGGAUCUGCUCCCGGUGCUCGCCGCCGCCCAGGAGUCCGCCGCCGCGGCCGCCGCCGCCGCCGCCGCCGCCGCCGUGGUCACCGCGCCCCCGGCCGCCGCCGCCGCCUCCACGGUGGACACAGCGGCUCUGAAGCAGCCCCCGGCGCCGCCGCCGCCGCCCCCGCCCGUGUCGGCGCCCCGCCGCCGAGGCCGCGCCCCCCCGCCGCCGCCGCCCGCGGCCGCCACCAUCGCCGCCGCCGCCGCCACCGCCGUCGUCGCCCCCACCUCGACGGUCUCCGUGGCCCCCGUCGCGUCCGCCUUGGAGAAGAAGACAAAGAGCAAGGGGCCCUACAUCUGCGCCCUGUGCGCCAAGGAGUUCAAGAACGGCUACAACCUCCGCCGGCACGAGGCCAUCCACACGGGCGCCAAGGCCGGCCGCGUCCCCACGGGCGCCAUGAAGAUGCCCACCAUGGUGCCCCCUGCCCUGCUGAGCGUGCCCCAGCUGAGCGGCGCCGGCGGCGGCGGGCCCGAGACCGGCACGGGCGGCGGCGCGGCCGCCGUGGCCGCCGGCGGCGUGGUGACCACCACGGCCUCGGGCAAGCGCAUCCGCAAGAACCACGCGUGCGAGAUGUGCGGCAAGGCCUUCCGCGACGUGUACCACCUGAACCGGCACAAGCUGUCGCACUCGGACGAGAAGCCCUACCAGUGCCCGGUGUGCCAGCAGCGCUUCAAGCGCAAGGACCGCAUGAGCUACCACGUGCGCUCACAUGACGGCGCUGUGCACAAGCCCUACAACUGCUCCCACUGUGGCAAGAGCUUCUCCCGGCCGGAUCACCUCAACAGUCACGUCAGACAAGUGCACUCGACAGAGCGGCCCUUCAAAUGUGAGAAAUGUGAGGCAGCUUUUGCUACGAAGGAUCGACUCCGGGCGCACACAGUACGACACGAAGAGAAGGUGCCAUGUCAUGUGUGUGGCAAGAUGCUGAGCUCGGCUUAUAUUUCGGACCACAUGAAGGUGCACAGCCAGGGCCCUCACCAUGUCUGUGAGCUCUGCAACAAAGGUACUGGUGAGGUUUGUCCCAUGGCGGCAGCAGCGGCGGCGGCGGCAGCAGCGGCGGCAGCGGCAGCAGCAGUGGCAGCCCCUCCCACAGCUGUGGGCUCUCUCUCUGGGGCAGAGGGGGUGCCAGUGAGCUCUCAGCCACUUCCCUCCCAGCCCUGGUGAGCUCAGUGUUGAUGGGUGAGAGGAGAGCAUGAAGGAAAGUCCCUUGGUACGGUCUCUCCCCUCUCCUCACUACUACACACCAACCAAGGAGCCUCCAGAAAGGAAGAAGAAACGCGUUCUUAGGGGAAUUCGCUAGGUUUUAACAGUUUCUCCUGCUCCUCUCUUCUCCUUGUCAAGAGCUGACCCUACACACACCUGUCCCCCUGGUUGUGUUGAAAUCCCCUGGACAGUGGGCAGGGGUGGCAGAGAACAGGAGUAGCCACUGCCCUUCCCCCCUUCUCCUCUCUGCAGCCCCCUGCCCUUCCCUCCCAGGGAUUUGUGAGCCUUUUCCCUCAUGGUCCUUGCUCUCCUCCCUUUAGCCUUCUCCCUCUACUGUCUGCUGCCCCUCCCUGGGGAGUUGGUGCUUUCUUUUUGUUGUUGUUUUUCCCCCCCAGGGGGAGGGAAGUGAGGAAAGAGGGAAAUCAAAAGAUUGUCCCAGAGAGGGAUAAGGGGAGAUCCGAGAAUGGGCAGAAGCAGGCAAGGCAAAGAUUGUACCUUCUGUAAGGUAGGGUUGUUGAGGUUAGGCCCUAAACAUCAUUCUACUUGAGAAUCCAUCAGGGGAAAGACAAAUCAAGGGGAGCAAAAGGAGCCACUAAGGCCAGAGGCAGGAGAUAGAAUCUUAGGGGGCCAGGGUAAAGGAGGGAAACCAGGGACUAGAGGUGCUUCCUGGGGGUGGGGGAAUGCAGCCAGUGUCUCCCCCUUCCCUCUUCCACCCCAGCUCCAGCCCUGGUCUUUUCUUUUCAUCCCUCUUCCCCAUGACUGACGCUGUGGCCCUGGCCAUGUCAUCGUGUUCCUGUGUCCCCUGCAUGUUCCCCACCCUCCACUCCCUCCUUUUGCGCGGACCCCAUUACAAUAAAUUUUAAAUAAAAACUG